GUACAGGGAUCUGGCAACCCGAUGAGCCGGACGGUUAGCUGGGAUGAGCAAGGGGCUAGCGGCGGACUGGGAGUUUGUAGCAGCUAACGAUCAACCCCUAUAAAUCUGUAACGACGUCCCACCGACUUUUAAAGACAGGUCUGUAUUAUUCCGUGUCUCUGUGAGUCUGAUGUUGCUUUAUUUUUGAACUGACGACACAUUGCUGUAGUUUACGCCCUUGCUGCUAGUGUUCUCCAGGUAAUGCUAAUCAGGCUGGUAGCGCAGGUUACCGGUGUGUUUGCGGUUGCUAGGCCGAUCCAGGGUACUCUUUUCAGGGCUGAAGUUUGACUGAGCUAACGGUGGUUAGUUGAGCAGAUUUAAUGUUUUUUUGCCCGUGAAUCCUCAGCUAAUGUCAUUAAAUGUAAGCUCCGUGUUAACCUGUAGUUUUUUUGUGAAUUAUCAUCAUGUUUCUGACCAUUAAUCAGCUUUUUUACUCGCUUACGGGCUUAUUUCAGUCAUUCACCGUUAGCUAAAGCCGUAGAGAGGGCCGUCAAGAAUGAGGGUUUAACGUUUCAAACCAGGUUUUCUUCAGUGUCUUCAGUUAGUUUCAGAUUUAGACUCAGAUAGUCACAUGAAUGAUGUGGGCUCAGAGAUCUUAACUCAGAUUAACGCAGCUCUGCUUCUCUUGUCUGAGACAGCAUUAUUCUGUCAGAUUCAGGCUCUGAUUUUCUUAUUCUGCUGGAUAUCACUGUUCAAAAUGAGUUAACAUUACACAGGAGUGCAUAAAAUGUCCACUAUGUAAUCUAGUGUGCAGUGAGCCCAUCUGGGAGAUACCUAUCACUCAGUUGUCCAGGGAUCCCUGGUUAAUGCAACACUAGUUGCACGUUCAGGUGUUCCAUUUUCUUAAAUGAGAGCGCAGGCUGAUGUCAUUUUGCUGUUUUUUCCCCAUUUGAUAAAACACAACAGUUAAUAAUGCAGACAAGAGCUUGAAUGAACAUUCAAUGAAACAAGUCGAGCCGCUUGUUAUAACUGAAAAGAUUUACAGACAAAUUACCACAUACUAAACUGUCUCAUUCUUAACAUCACAAGUUUAAUAUAUUAUCUCUGAUUAGUAUAGAUUAUUUAAAAUGCCAUUAAUAAUUGUGAUACUUCAACAUAACACCCUGUUGACUUUUGUGAUGCAGGUAUCUGCUGACAUUAGUCUGAUUAGCUGUACUUGCCUGAUAUUUAGAUCCAUUAUGACACUGAAUAUAUCAGACUUUUUACCUGUCAGCAGUUAAAGUGAAACACGCUCCUCAAAAAUGAAAUGAUUAGGUUGUUUUGUUUCAUGGAAGCAGCAGGAAGACACUCCAGCGGUUUAACUGCUGAGUGCAAAUAGCACACAUAUUUUUCCCACUUCCUGCCAACUCGGCCAGAGAGUCAAGAAGUGAAUUUCAUACCAUUUGUGAGUUGUAACUCUAGGGACAGACAUCUGAAGAAGUAGUGUGCUGGUGGUACUGUUUUGCUCUACCAACAAGAGAGAAUUCACCAAUUUAACAAGAGCGGUUCAUGAGAGGUGGAUAAACGACGACAGUACCUCCAGAGAAAAGCCUGAUUACCCAUAGGUUUAAGAUUAGAGUGAGGGGCGGACUGGAGGUCUGGGUCAGGUGAUCUGAGGGGCCUGGUGGGUGUAAAGGGGGUUUGUAAUGUAGGAGGGAUGAAAGUGAGGAUAACUUUUUUUCUAAAUCCCUGAAUGAGAGGAAGCGUUUCAGCUGCUUUUAGAGGUUUGAGCAGAGUUUGAUGUCACUCUUACUGCAGCUUCACUAAAUACUCAGUCGACUCAUUAACCAGGUUCAUUUAGAAACAAUCAGCAUCAGUCCUCACAAGGUCGAUAUCACCAUCAACUGUACUGAAUAGAAGCUCUUUUUCUCCAUCCCCAAUGACAGCGUAUCGGAUCUAUAACAGUCAUUGAAUAUGGUUUAAUAUAAUCUAUAAUGUGUAUGUAUUUUUCUUUUUUUCUUUCUAAUACCAUCAGGCAGCUGGACAGAAGUCCUAAAGCCCUUAGUGACAAUAUUUUACUCGACCAAAUAUUCCUGUAGUUUUGUUUGUCAUUAGAUUCAAUCCAGUAAACUCUAAACUACUUCAUCAGUAAUAAUCUGUGGUACAGGGAGGGCUGUCCCGAUACAGUAUUGAUAUUAGAUAUCGGUCCGAUAUCAGCCAAAAAACAAAUAUCUGAUUAUAUCAGCCUGCAUCUAAAAUCUUGGAUAUUGGCACUUUGAUACAAGCAGUCCAUUCCAGACUCCACUCCGGCACCUCUAGCUAGCAGCGCCCUGAUCCAGCAUGCAGAACCCACAUGAUCAUAACAACAGUGUGUACUAAGGUGCUAACAGAGUAGCAAGGAGUAGGAGUGAUGUCGGCUGUGUGGCAGUAUAAUUCGUUGAAGUCUGAAAAAGACGUUGCAGCUGAGUGAAAAACUUGUCAUGCACAAAUUUGUGCCAAUAUCGGAUCAAUUUCGGUAUCGACCAAUACUGAAGGCUACAAUAUCGGUAUCGUAUUCGAAGUAAAAAAGUUGUAUCAGGACACCCUUAGGUACAGGGUCUGAGUAAUCAUGACAUCGUACAGGUGGGCUCUGGGUAAAUGUGUGUGUGUGUGUUCUCCUGCAGGUUCUGAUGUGGUCAUCAGUCCUGCUGGUCUGGUCCUGAAACUGCUCCAGGAGGACGGACAGAGUCGAGCCGUGAGCCGGCCUCUGCUCUGAAACAUGUCCAAGAGUAAGAGCUCCGAGUCGGUGAAGGUGGUGGUCCGCUGUCGCCCCAUGAAUGAGAAAGAGCGGGCAGCCAAGUUUGAAAGGGUGGUCUCUGUCGAUGUCAAACUGGGUCAGAUUUCAGUCAGAAACCCGAGAGAGGCCUCGGCCAGCGACCCCCCCAAAGUGUUCACCUUUGACUCAGUGUACGACUGGAACUCCAAACAAAUAGAUCUGUACGAUGAGACUUUCAGGCCACUGGUGGAGUCGGUCCUGCUAGGCUUCAAUGGGACCAUCUUUGCGUACGGGCAGACGGGGACAGGGAAGACUUACACUAUGGAGGGGGUGAAGAACGACCCUGAGAGGAGGGGGGUGAUCCCUAACUCCUUUGAGCACAUCUUCACUCACAUCUCACGCUCACAGAACCAGCAGUACCUCGUCAGAGCGUCAUAUCUGGAGAUCUAUCAGGAGGAAAUCAGAGACCUGCUCUCCAAGGACCAAUCACGUCGUCUGGAGCUCAGAGAGCGGCCCGACACCGGCGUCUUCGUCAAAGACCUCUCAUCAUUCGUCAACAAGAGCGUGCGGGAGAUCGAGCACGUCAUGAAUGUGGGCAAUCAGAACCGCUCAGUGGGAGCCACCAACAUGAACGAACACAGCUCACGCUCGCACGCCAUCUUCGUCAUCACGGUGGAGUGCAGCGAGCUGGGCGUGGACGGGGAGAACCAUAUCAGAGUGGGCAAACUGAACCUGGUGGAUUUAGCUGGGAGUGAGCGUCAGACAAAGACUGGAGCUCAGGGUGAGAGGCUGAAGGAGGCCACGAAGAUCAACCUGUCUCUGUCGGCGCUUGGAAACGUCAUAUCAGCUCUGGUGGACGGCAGGAGCAGCCACAUCCCCUACAGAGACUCCAAACUCACCCGUCUGCUGCAGGACUCUCUGGGGGGAAACGCCCGCACCGUCAUGGUGGCUAACAUCGGCCCCGCCUCUUACAACGUGGAAGAGACUCUGACAACGCUGCGGUACUCUAACAGAGCGAAGAACAUCAAGAAUAAACCCCGAAUCAACGAGGACCCCAAAGACGCUCUGCUCAGGGAGUUCCAGGAGGAGAUCGCCAGGCUGAAGGCUCAGCUGCAGAAACGCUCAGGAAAGAAGAAGAGGAGGGGUAGGAGGAGGGGGCCCGGGGAGGGGAGCGACGAAGACGAUCUGGAGGAAGGAGAGACGGAGGAUGAUGAAGAGGACGGUGAGGAUAAAGUGGACUACUGGAGGGAGCAGCAGGAGAAGCUGGAGAGGGAGAGGAAGGCCAUCAUGGACGACCACAGUCUGGUGGCCGAAGAGAGAGUUCGACUUCUAAAGGAGAAAGAGAAGAAGAUGGAGGACCUGCAGAAAGAGAGGGAGGCUGGAGAGAUGCUGGCAGCUAAAGUGAAGGUGAGCCUGUGUGUUUGUGUGUUUGUGUAUGCAGUCAGUGUGAGUCUGACUGAUCUGCCAUGAAGAAAAUUCACUGUCAUGUAAUCCUGCUGACAGCCUGACCUCCUCCACCAUGUAAACGGUCUGAUUUUCUCUCCCUCAGACCAUGGAGAGUAAGCUGCUGGUCGGGGGGAAGAAUAUAGUGGAUCACACUAAUGAGCAGCAGAGGAUGCUGGAGCUGAGGAGGCAAGAGAUCGCUGAACAGGUGAGAGAAUACACCAGAACCAGCUCUGCACCCAUGACAGCAAUGAUCUCAUUUAUCUCGUUUGGUUCCUCAUAAGCAGAGCAGGAUUUGGAUUGUAACUGCUGGAAAAAUGUGUUGUAGAAACGUCGGGAGCGUGAAAUGCAGCAGCAGGUGGAGAGUCGUGAUGAAGAGACUCUGGAGCUGAAGGAGACCUACAGCUCUCUGCAACAGGAGGUUGACAUCAAAACCAAGAAGCUGAAAAAGGUGAGAGCUGCAGCCUCCGUCCCGUCUCACAUCCACACUCACCCUCAAAGGACGGUGAUUUCUGCUGUCCUGUGGUCACACUGCAGCUGAACAGUCCCCGAAUGUGCACACAGGCUGCACAAAUGCAGUGUAUCUAGACUAUGAUAUAUUUUGAAUGAUUCAAAUUCACUGUUAUUUGAUUGUUUCUGAACCCACAAGGUGGCUGUUUUAAUUUUAGCUGCCUGUGUGUCAGUAAGUAGGUCAGGUACUAUUUAAAACCAGGUAAGAACACACUGACGGCGUUGUUUGUCCGUUACUCCUCACGACACCCAGGUUUAAAAUGAAACUAUAGAAGUUUGUGAAAGUCCCCCCUCUCCAUCAUGCUCACUCUGCUCCACUCUCUCCUCCAGUUGUUUGCCAAGCUGCAGGCGGUGAAGGCAGAAAUCCAGGACAUCCAGGAACUCCACAUUCAUGACCGACAGGAGCUGGAACAGACCCAGAACGAGCUCACCAGAGACCUCAAGCUGAAGUAGGGACGCUGCAUGUGACAGAGUCAGCCUAACAGGGAGACACUGAUCAAUAUUAUACCACAAAGAUCACUGGCGGAUUAUUAUUAGUGCGUUACGACCUCUGAUUGAUCAAUAGGAGGAGGGAUCUGGGCUGUAAUGAGUCUAAACUGCAGACAUGAAGCGAUCAAUGAAGGGUUAGACUACUUUAUGGAAAUAAGUACAGUAAUCCAGGGCCCGACAGUGUGACCGUUUCACUCGCAUUUGCGACUAAAAAUAGAUGUGUGCGAAGUGUAAAAUGUAUUUAAGGGCACAUGUGCGCAUAAAAAAGAAAUCAGCCGAGGCAACAAAGGCUUUUUCAUGUAAGUACCGCAGGGAAGUUAGUUUUAGGUUGGGUUUUCGAUGGACAUUCACUGCGGAUCUACCGGGGUCUUCUCAAUCUCCGUAACCAGGAAUGGCAACAGCAGCGCGGUUAAAUCUACUCGACACCUUCGCUGUCAACAUCAGGUGUUGAAUAAGAGACCAUCAAUAAAUUAGCGGUUGAUAUUCCCAGAAAAGGCUGUUUUCCUUCAACAGCUUCCAUGUCAGGUGACCAAUUGACCUAAAAUUGAUUUCAAAUAACAGGGCUUAGGUCGGACAGGAAGACACACCUCUUUUUUUCUUAGAUAUGUUCUCCAAAAUUUUGGGGUUAAAUCUAAGACCAAAUUUUGAACCUUUUCUUCAACAGAUUCCGUGUCAUGUGACCAAAAGACCUAAAAUAGAUUUCAAAGAAUGUCGAACAAUAAGACACACGUCAUUCGAUCAAUUUUCAUUGUGUCCCUAAAGUUCUUUGUGUGCUUCAUACUUCUUCUAUUUAGGAGCACAUGUGCUCUUUGUGGAAAAAAAAAGUUAGCGUCAAGCCCUGUAAUCAGUUAUUAAAGACUUGAUUUCAACAUAAGUAGAAGAUAAUCAUGGAGUCAAUUGAAAGUAAGUUAUUGACAAACUGUUUUAAGUUUAAGUCUGAUGUUUGAAAUAAACUGUGAGCAAGUUCCAGUCUUGAGCAAUGAGGCUUAGCUACUUUAUGUAAUCAUGAAUCAUUUUUAUGAGGAAGUUUGGAGUGUUUGUUUGAUCAAACGAAGCACUCGGAGACUCUAUCUAUGGCUCCACCGUUCAGCUGCUACAUGAAUGAUUUAUUAGUGAAAGUAAGCAGCAGAGUCAUCAUUUUUGUCAGAUUAUCAUCAGCUGUCUCCCUGAACAUGAGGAAGAUAUGAUUUAUAUAAGUAGCAGGAAUGGUUUUAAAGUUGUGCUGUCACGAGUCCUGUCAGAGAUGAUUACCGGUCGGAAGUUUUCUGUGUUUUAUUAAUAGAUUUGAACAGAUCACAGUGGUCAUGUUCCUCCUGAAAACAGCAGACUUCUGUUUCAGCGUUUUAGAAGUAACAAACAGUAAAAGUCACAAGAUCCAGCUGGUGUUUCUAUUCAUUCUCAUCUGGCCUCCUCCCUGUCUUAUUGUCUGUCAGUGUGUUUAACUGUGUGUGUGUUUCCUUUCAGACAUCUGAUCAUAGAGAACUUCAUCCCUCAUGAGGAGAAGAACAAGAUUGUGAACAGAGCGUAUUUUGAUGAGGAGGAUGAGUGCUGGAAGAUGAAGCCCAUCACACGGAUGGAGGAGUGAGUUGGAAUCUCUAAAUGCAUGUUUCUUUGUGUAUCUCGCUUUAUGGUUGCACACGUUUGUUUGUUUUUUUGGCUUGGUUGUUACUCAGCCGAGAGUUGGAUUUUCACCAGACUGACCCACAGUCGCAGACUUCACCAUGAGGCCCUCUGAAAUGUGUCUGUGUUUUUUUUUUUUAUCUUCACAGUGACCAUCAGAUGAUGAGCCGGCCUCGCUCUGCCAUCGGGUACAGUAGGCCUCUCAGUCAACACGCUCGCGGGGCCAUGAUGAUGAGACCUGACCCGAGAUACAAAGUGAGCUGAACCUCUGCUAAGACACUUUUCAUGAAGCAAAUAUUUUUCUGAAUUGAUCGUUGGUCAGUAAUCAUUGUAUUCCUUUUUUUAAAUUCCUUUAUUUAUUUAUUUAUUUUUUGUUUUUUUGUUUUAUUCCUUUUUCUCUCUUUUUUUUUUAAAUUAUUCUUUUUAUUUGUAAUUUUUGGUUUUCUUUUGUUGCUUUCUCCCCCACCUCUCUACCCUCUUGUGUUUUUUUUUUUUUGGAUGUUUAGUUUUUGUCAUUGUCCAAUUUUGUCUUGGUAACCCUUAUUAUAUAUAUAUAGAAUUUUGUAAAUCAACACCAAACUUACUCUGCACAUAUUCCUCUGUUCACAUUUAUUUUUUUAAAUGCACUUAUUGGUGAAUAAAAUUUGAAAAAAAAAACAGUAUAUACAAAUGUUAAAAAAACAAAACAAAAAAAGAAAUCAAUUAUCAUAAAAACUUAAAGCUCCUGUGAGGAACUUUCUGUGUUGAUUUUUACUUUGCAGUCAGAAGGCUCCACCCUCUGUCCUUUUUUCAGAGAUGUUUGGCACCAGUCUGAGAUAAAUGUGUUCCUGUUUUGUCCCCCCCCCCCCAGGCUGAGAAUAUCACAAUGGUGGACAUGGACUUGCCGGCUCGGACCACUAAAGAGUACCAGGAGCCGGUAAUCGCCCCGAAGGUGGCAGCAGCUCUGGAUGACGCUCUCAGGGAUGAGGAUGAGAUCCAGGUCGACGCCUCGGGCUGUCACAGCAGCCUGGGACCAACGCCUUCCGCCAGCGCCAGCGGCAGCCUCAGAAAACCAAAGUCUGGGUAAGACCGGCUCCCUUCCAAACGCACUGCUGCAGAUUCAGAGAGAAUAUUAAGAAACCCUCUUGAGAGUCAAACUCACAUCCUCCUCAUGUCUCUGUCUCUCAGUCGACCCAAGACAGGGAAGAAGUCCAGCACCCCCACCUCUCCAUUUAGCCCCUCCAGCCCAGGGUCCCCACUGUACCCACAACCCCGAGGCCUGGUGCCAAAGUGACAUCAUCAUCACCCUGUCGUCUCCUGCACCUGUCACUUUGGACUCACCUGAGAGGGAGAGCAGCUCCUGAAACCACCCAGACUAACACUGCUGUGUGUUUGUCUGCUCACUGUUCACUGCUGUCAGGAGCUUAACUGCAGCUAAAAAAAAAAGAAGAAGAAGAAAAAAAGAAGAAGCUACGCAUGAAGCCUGCGCACUGCUGUCAGCACACACACACACACGCACACAUGCACAGCUCUGACGUCUUAUUCAUGUCCAUCAUGUUGUUCUUAAUGUAUUGACAGAAUCAAAAGAGGACUGAGACCCUCUGAACUGCAGGACCAUAAUGCACUUCUUCUUCUAGCCUUCAUACACAUGUGCGUCCUGGGUGUUGUGGUCCUUUACUUAAUUGUGAGUCUGUGUGUGUAUGUUAGCGUGGGAACACAUUGUCGGGACAGCUCUGUGUCACCAUCAGGCUGUGUGUAUAUGUGUGUUACUGUGUCGUCAUAAGUGGGUGUGUGUGUGUGUCAAACUGCGCUGUUGAUUCUGUUGAGGGAGGUGUGUCUGAUGAUGUAGAAUCUUUGUGUCCUCUGUGUUUGUGUGUCUUAAAGGAAUAUUCCAGAGUUUUUCUCUGCAGUGGAGGGAGGUCAGGAUAGUUUAUCGCUCUCCUGCUGUGUGGCUGAAUAUGAAGCUAAAGGUGGUGAGCAGUCUGUCUCUGUUGGUUACCUGACAACCUCAUGACCCCAGAGCUCUAAAUCAAACCUCUGGUGUUCACCUUCCCAAAACUACAUGACAAGUUCCUCGGCAUGUGGAUGAAGGGAGUCAGGCCAACAGCUCAGGUCUCCUUGCUAUGCCAACCUAAUCCCCUGCUGCCUCUGGCUCCAUCUUCAUAAGUACUUCCUAAGCUGUGGAGUAUUCCUUUGACUCAGUCUGAUUGUAGAUGCACAGACGGAGGGUGAAGCUACCAGCAGACUCCGUCACACGUUGCUGUAUUCAGUAGAUGCUGUUCUUCCUGGAGCAGACGAGGUGGAGGUGGGAAAGGACGGCAGAGAGCUCGACACAUAUCCACUAUUCCCCUAAACAUCCCAGUAGGAUCCUGGGUCACCCAAAAGUCCCGUCCUGGAGCGUGCCACAGGGUCAUCAGGGUUCCUAGGUGCCUUAAGCUGCGUCCCGCUGCUCUGCUGCUUUAUUUAAAGAGUGCACACACAUCUCCAUCACCUCACCUACUCAGGCUUCUGUGAUCAUGACGAGCACGGAGCUCACCUUGCUGUCGGACUGUGUGCACUCUGACUGUGAAGCUGCAGAGCCUUCAGACACAGAAUCUAAUCACCUCCGGGCUAUCGAGUCAGGACCACAGGAACAUAAUCAGUUUGACCUCAUGAAACUUUCCUUCUGCUCUGAGUGAUCUGAUUGGUCAAACAGAGCGCUGACGGCCCAGUUCAGUGAAUGUCAGCCCCUCACUACAGACUGAUGGAUCUGAACACACACCUUUCUUCUCUGCAGUAUCACCCCGCUCUGUGCUCUCUGCCCCCCACCACGCUCUGACUGUCCGCUUGUGCUGCUGUGCAGGGUUCGAACCCCACUGUGACGCCACAGCCAGCCGGCUCUGACCCCCGUGAUGAUCAGCUGAUGUCACAGUCCAGGCAGAGAGCUGGUCUGCUGACCUGAUGUAUUUACAGACAAAUACCUGAGUGUAGACUUCUUAAUAGGCAAUCCUCAGUCACUUUUACAGAUAUAUAAAAAAAAGAAAAAUGGUUUCCAUAUUGAACAAAUCUAACUUAUUGCGCUCUUUCAUUUUUAUAAACAGAUGUAGAUAUACAUUUUUAUUGCGUUUGUUUCUUUACAUAGAUUCUAAUUUUAUUUUUUGAGCUUUGUAAUUUAAUGCUGAGAUUUUAUUUUUUGCAUCCUUCAUGUCUUCUGUUCAGAGAGGAGCAGACUGUGUUUGAUGUGUUGGUGGAAGAUGCAGUCAGCUGUUGCACAAAGUUUAGUAGAGAGUCUGGAGGCUGUGAGAUGUAUGAGUGUCGUAGUUGAGUAUUUACACUUUCACUGUACAUUUAACCUCAUUCACACAGACAUAAUCUUUAGUGUAAGGCCUGAUUGUUGUACGUAACAUCGCUGUAAACCUGCCGCAUGAUUUUAGACAGCUCAGUAAGAUGUGAGUGUUCAUCAGUCAAAGGAACAAGGUCAAAACAUAUGAAUGUCUUAAUUUUUACAGUCUCAUCUGUUUCACACAGUGGAAUCACUGGACCCAUGUCAGAGACUUUGGGACCAACUCUGUUUUAGCCAAAUGAGGAUUCAGCUGCUGAACUCCAGCCUGUGGCUGCUUCUGUCUUAAACUGUUUAGUUUCUUUGGAUAAUUAAAGACAAUUCAGUGACUUGUGUAA